AUGCCCGAUCACGACGAUGUCGCCGACACGGCAUCAACAACGUCUUCAUCGUCCUACGAUGACAACCGGAUCAAGGUCGUUUGCCGAGUGAGGCCGCCGGUGUCUCGCGAGACCCAUGGCGCGCGGACUCUCGCUCACCGCUGCGUUGCCGUCAGAGAAGACAAGCGCACGGUCACGCUCAACAGCAAGCCUCAGGAGAAGAACUUCACGUUCGACUACGCGGCAGGCGAGGACUCUACGCAAGAGGAGCUAUUUUCGGAGGUUGGUAAGCCCGUCACGGAGGCGUGUCUGGAAGGAUACAAUGGGACCAUCUUCUGCUACGGGCAGACGCUGCCCGCCGAAACCGAACUCGAGCCGCACGACGCUCUUCUUCCUUCAACCGUUGUGUUUGACGGCGUGCAGACGGGGUCCGGUAAAACCUUCACGACGUUCGGACCCGGGGCGGUAAUGGAGAACCAUCUCACCCCCAGCGACCCCAAGUCGUAUGCCCUCCGGGGGCUUGUGCCUCGCGUACUCGAGUACCUGUACGCCAACAUCGCGCGUCAGGUUGACAACGGAGGAGGCAAGGUGAGCUACUCGUGCAAGUGCUCCUUCUUCGAGAUCUUCAACGAGAAAGUCUUCGACCUCGUGGAUGAGAGCAACAGGGACAAUCCCCUGGGGCUCACUGUGCGGGAGGACACACGGAAAGGGGUCUAUGUCGAGGGGCUCAUGGAAGAGGAUGUGAGUUGGGUUACUGCUGUAGUUGCCAUCAUGGGGGUCACAAUCACGAAAAAGGUGGCAGGGAAUGAAUCAGUGACAGAAAGCGUUGUGGACGGCGUCGAGUCGGCAUGCGAGGUUCUCCACAGGGGCUUCCGAAACCGGCAUGUCGGGGAGACCGCCAUGAACCGCGAGUCGUCGCGGUCCCACGCCGUGUUCACCCUGGUGAUUCAGGCCACGGAGGUAGUGGAGGAGGAAGGACUGACUCGCUCGAGAAUUGCUCGGUUCAACCUCGUCGACCUUGCUGGCUCCGAACGGCAGAAGGACACCCAGGCAAGCGGAGAGCGACUCAAAGAGGCGUCGAACAUCAACAAGUCCCUGUCCACCCUAGGCCAGGUGAUUAACGCCCUCGUUGAAAAGUCUGCGGGCCGAUUCCGCCAUGUACACUACCGCGACUCCAAGCUCACUUUUCUGCUGCGAGACUCCCUGGGUGGCAACUCGAAGACCAUGCUCGUGGCCGCCCUGUCCCCCGCCGACCAGAACUUCGGGGAGACCCUGUCCACGCUCAAGUUCGCCCAAAGGGCCAAGAUGAUCAAAAACCAGGCGGUCAAGAACGAGGACACUUCGGGCAGCUUCGACGCCCUCAGGAGGGAGGUGACGACCCUUCGCCAGAAACUCGCUGCCGCGCAGCAGCCCGGGAGCGGCGGCGGUAUUCCCCGAGCCAUCGCCGCCGGCGGAGAUUUCUUGGAAUUUUCUGGCGGUGGGGAAGGUGGCAUCGCGGGGGCGGCGACCGGCGGUGUGGAUGCCGGUGCCUCGGAAGAGCUGUUGGUGAACGCACUGCGGAGGGCGAGGGCCGCGGAGAAGGCACAGGCAGGCGCGAGCAGGAGGGUGGAGUCUCUCCUGGCCGCCGUGGAGAAGGGGGAGAAGGACGCGUUGCAGCUGAAGAUGAUCAUCAAGUUCCGCGACGGGACCAUUGCCGCGCAGAGGAAGAAGGACUCGGACCAGGAGCGGGCCGCCAUGGCCGACGAGAACGCGCAUCUUCUUAAGCAGCUCGAGGGAGGGGUCAACGAGUCUGCCGAGGUGAGCAAGUGGCGGCUGCAAUGCAAGGAGGCCGAAGCUAGGCUGGCAGAACUCACGGGUGACAACAGCGGCGACGUCAAGAGACUCGUAUGGGGAGUAGGCGACGAGGAAAGGUUCCGUGGCGAGCUGGACGAGAAGGUGCUGAGCCUUGUGGAGGAGAAGCGUCAGCUCACCGACGCCGCUGAUGAAUUCGAAGAACGACUCCGCCACGAGUCGAGGAAGGCAGAGAAGCGACGGAUGUCGGCGGCUAACCGUGCGGAAUUGGAGGCCAAGAAGAUCGUAGAGAACGCGCUGCUGAGCAAGCUUCAGGAGGCUCAGCGCCAAGCGGAGGAGACACAGGCCGCCCUUGCCGUGUCCGAAGAGCGCGUGGCUGGUCUAGAAACGGAGAGGGCUCGCCAGGGAGCGGCGGUCUCCGCGCUGACCAAGCAGCUUCAAGACGCCAACAGACGUGAGGCGGAGGCGGUGCAGGACCGGGAUGUGCGUCUGGCGGACCUGCAGUCGAAGAUCGGAGAGCUUUCUGAGGCGAAAGAAAGGGCUGUCACGGACGGGGGGAGCGAGCUUGCCUCGCUGGAAGUCAAGAUCGUCGGCUUCAUCAAAGACAACUCGGAGUUGCUGCGCGCCAACAAGGCCCUGGAAGAAGAGGCCGACGCGCUUGAUCUUAGCUUGGAGCAGCUGGAAGCGGAGAAGAAGGGCCUCGAGGAGAAGGCUGCUGCCGAAAGGGCCGAGGCGAAAUCGGCCAUCAAGAGCCUAGAGGAGCGCAUGCAGCAGCAGCAGGAGGCCCAAGAGCGGGAGUUGGAGGACCAGCAGGCCGAGAAGAGGUCGGUGGUGGAAGAUUUGGAAGAUGUGACGGAACGCCUGAGGUCCGCAAAGGAGGCUCACGGCAAGGAGGUUGACGAGCACCAGCGGCGCAGCAAUGACCUUCAGGAACGCCUCGUGGAAACCCGCGCGCUGAAGGGGCAGUUGGAGGGCCGGCUGAAGCAAGUGCAAGACGACUACGACACUCUCUCGGAGCAGGCGCACUUCACCCAAAGCCGCGCUCAAGACCUCGAGUCCAGUCUGGAGCGGGCUGCCGAAGACCUACGCCGCGCCGUCGCCGCCGGCACCGCUCGUGCUUGCAUCGUUCAGGGCCAGCUCCGCGAGACCGAGGCCCGUCUGUGCCUUGCUGAGGAGGGUCUAGCUGACGCCGAGCUACGCGCAGAGGGUGAGGAGUUCUUCAAGCUGGCACAGGAGGCGAUUUCGAAGCAGGCGGGCGAAGUGUGCGCCGAGCGGGAGAAGCGUAUCGAGAGUCUGCUGGAGGAGUUGGAGACGUCUCGGGGGUACGCGGAUGGGCUCCGAGCGCUGCUUUCAGGGGCUGAGCAUGAGGAACGGCGUGGGUUGCCCGAAGGGAUUGGUGCCAUGGUCGGUAAAGUGGAAACGGAGUCUCGCGAGGCGAUGGUCGGGGGUGCGGUGAUGUGCCGUGAGAUGAUGGAAGAGUAUGAGGCCGUGGUGGACCGAGUGUGUGGUCUCGAGCAGACGUUGGACGAGUUUGUUAUGGAUGAGGACAGGCUGGUCGAGGAAGUCUGCGGCCUGCAGCGCCGAAUCGAGGAGCUGGAGGAGAACGAGGCCGCCAUCACGGGCGACCUCACAAGCACAUCGGCCCAACUCGGCGUCGCAAAGGCCGACCUCACGAGCGCUGCGGAGCAGCAGGUGGCCGCUUGCAACGCUCUGACGGACAAGGAAAAGGCCAACUCGAAUCUAAGGGAGGCACUCGCCGUUGCCGAGUCUACGGCUACCGAGCUCCAGGCUGCCAAGGACGACCUUCAUGCCGAGGUCGAGAAGAUCAAGGGCGAGGCCCAAGAGUUGGGCGUCAAGCUCGAGGAGAUGCGAGACUCGUGCUUCGACUACCAGGCGCGUGCGAUGAAGGCUGAAAAGUCCCUCGAGGGUCUGACGGCGGAGUUGACUGAGGUAGAGGAGGAAAAGGCGGCGUGCUUGUCUCGUGAAGAGGCCCUCAUCGCCGCUGUAGCCGCAACCAAGAAGAUGGCCGUCGCGAACGAGGAGCUUGUGAGGGCAAAGGAGGUGGAGCUUGAAGCGGUCGAGGGAGACCUGGCCGCGAGGAACGAGGAGCUUGCUGCCCUACAGGAGGAAUUCGCGGAGGUGAAGCUGGAGGUGACUACCACGGACGAGAGGCUCGAGGAAACUAACAAGAGGCUGAAAGAGGAGACGGACAGGGUGAAGAACUUGGAGGAACAAAUUACCGUCGGCAGGGGGACCAUUCAGGGGCUCGAGGAAAAGGUGGAAGAGCUUGAGGAGCAGGUGAAGGACAACGAGAAAGACCUCGCCGCUGCAAAGAAGGAUCUCGGAGAGCAAAAGAAGGAGCUGGCCUCUGCCGCGAGCAAGCUUGCAGCUUCUGAGACGAAGGCCGGUGCGGCGGAGGAGGCCUUAGCCACCGCGGAGGCUAGGGCCAAGGAGGGUAGGGAGACUGAGGCCGAGCUGAGGGAGGCUAUCGCAGAGGCCGAGGUUGCGAGCAAGCGGGGCAUCGAAGCAGCGAGGGAGGAGCUCGGCGAGAUGAAACAGCGGCUCAGCGCUGAGGUAGCGAGAGCGGAAGCUUCCGAAGCCCGUGCAGAGCAGGCCGACGCUCUCAAGGCCGAGGUUGAGGAAAUGGUGGCGAGCCUGGGCCGAGAGUUGGUUCAGCUGCGGGAGGAGUGUCGCCGUGCCGCUGACAGAUUGGAGGAGUCGGAGGCCGUACAGAAGGUUCACGCUGGCCGCGUGAUUGAUCUCAAGAAAGAGGUGCAGCGCCUGCAAGGCUCCACGAUGUCAGAGGAGGAACGGCGAACCCUUGUGUCCGACGUGGAAUCGGCUCGGCUCAACAUCGCCGAGACUGAGCGUAUGCUGCAGGUGGCCACGACUCGCAACGCCUGUCUGGAGGAGGAGAUACGGGCGAUGAGAGGAGAGACCGAAGGCUACACGGCUAAGGUGAUGGAGCUGAAGGACGUCAACGCGUCCCUGGUGGGCCACAAGAAUUCUCGUCAGAAGAUCCAGCAGGUACAAAAGCUCAAGGACGAGAACAAUCUCCUCUCGCGGAAGGUGAAGGAGCUCGACGACCGCCUCUUCAGCAUCAAGCGCUCGGGCUGCGGCCCCGGAUGCGGGCGAAACGCCUCCGGCAGCUCAACCACAACCACAAGAGUUUCUUCCCCCAGCGCUGGUGCUGGUGCCAGGGAAGGCGAAGCAUCGACAUCGGCCAAUUUCUCUUGGGCCGGGUCUCAGCAAUCAGUGUCCCCGACCCUCAAGUCGCGUGGUGGUGGCGAUACGGGAGGGGGUGGGGACAAGGUCGGCUCGGCCGGCAAGACCUACAACCUAAGGCGCAGGCCCAAGGUAGCAGAGGCUGCGUCGAACGCGGGGGCGGGCGGGGUAAGCACGAGGGGUAGGAGGAUGGAGCUAAGGGAUAUGACCAACGCCAACUAGAAUAGUCGAUGCUGAGCUGCGUGGGAUCGGAUUGGCCUGUCUGUGUAAUAGCGGAACAUUGAAGUUGGCCCAGGAAGAGGGUGUAGAAAUUUGACGUUGCGUGCAUUCAUCGUGCUAUCUCCCUGAUGGACCAACGCUUGGUUUGAAGUUGGGUUAGGUGUUUUUGUUUUUUGGGAUGGCAGAAGGGCAACUCGACUGGAUCACACAAGAGAUGAGAGGGCAGUACUCCUUGCUUGUAAGGAAGAAAGUUCCUAUCUCUGUCGUUUUUCACAUUUCACACGGAGGGGAGAGGGGGACGGGGGGGGGGACAACCGUAGAUACGUGGGACCAAGUCUGCCGGGUUUUUAUGUUUCCACUCCGCUGCAUACAGCGUCGGCAUGCCUGUACACGCACCAGACACCAAACACCUAAUGCCGGUAUGAGUACGGGUGGAGUGGCGAGAACGACCUGGGUCCUUGCCAAUAAACGCUUUCCAAGCACCCAGCUAUAAUACCACUGUGUGGUGUUUGGAGUAGUACACUUGGUUAUUGCCGUGGGUUCCAGGCAUACAUACUGUAGGGCCUAUACUCCGAAUCGUAGUUUCGCGCUUUUUCUCUACCUCCAGUCCAUUGUCCCGUACGACAGGCUACCAGUACAUGAAAGUGUCUGUGCGUGUGUGCAGGGACUUCGCCGAGGGACAUUGAGUGCCAUGCCGUUCCAUGCCAUGCCAGGACGGGAAUUGAAGAACGGAAAAAAAGUGAUUGAUACAGAGGUCGCCGUAGUUGUCGUGGAAAAGUUGUGAAGGAUGAAGGAUGGACUGUGGCUGAAGAGGCCGAAACUUGGUUUGAAUUGCUGCGCGAUUUGUGCUGUGAAAUACUGGCACGCACAAAGGAUACUACUGCUGUAGUUCCGAUCCAGCAACAAGUAGCUAGCGUGUUAGUCGCGGGAGAUUUUUAGUAGUUCGCGCGGGGUGUUUGGUCGCUUCGUACAUACGUCCUUGCUCGGCACGGGCCAUGGCUACAG